AUGGCAUCACAAGUGCUGCUGCCGCCAAAGCACCAGAGGAACACGGUGGGUGGGACCGUCGACUCGUCGUCAGUGCACGCCUACACAACCUUCCUGAAACUCCCCGUGGCGGUGGAGACACUGGCACCGUUGCAUUGUUUGGCAGCGCACUGUGGAUCGAUUGUGAGGAUGCAACAGUAUAUUGUGCUUGCUGCCGUUACUCUCUACAACACCGGACUCUGGCAUCAUGCAAUGGCGAUGGUUCACGGGUGCAUGGCAAUCCACCUUCUACGAAGGGCCUUGGACAUGUACACCAGGGCAACCACCCUGUUGUCAAGCAGUUUGCAUCCAUUGGACCAUGACAAGAUCUUUGCAGCUGAUGACGUCUCAUUUCUCCUUUUGGCUCUCUUGAACAAUACAGCACACAUCCAUGCCAACUUUAUGGAUCUGGAGCGUGCUUGGCAGUGUCUCUCCGUCAUGAGAGAAGAAUUCGAUGUCCUCGAUGACGAAGCCAUGUCGGACGAGGACUUUGGCUUCUUUGGUCUGUUUCUGAUGCUCGCUCCUGAUGCAAGCUGUCUUGCAAGCCCGGCAGACGUAGCUAGCAAAGAGCGAGCUCACCUACAAUGUCCAGAGUGCAGCCGGUGGGGUUUGACGCCUCGACGUGGCCAUGCAUGCAUUGAUGCAACCAGCAACGGUACCGUUUUAAAAAGAUGA